AUGAUGCGACAAGCAGCUCGCCGCGCCGCUCUGUCCACAGCACCUCGUGUCGCCGCGCGCCCAACCUUUGCCGCGGUGCGCCACCUCCACCGCGUGCCUGCGCGCCAGGACAAGCCUGGUGAGCACGCCCGUAUCGACAGCGACAUUGAGAUGGAGCACCCCGCCGAACAUGAGCUCCCCAGCAGCAAGCCUGUGCACGGCACCGGCGGCCAGUACGUCAAGCCCACCCUGGCCACCUUCUCACUCGAGGGCCAGGUCGGCAUCGUCACCGGCGGUGCCCGUGGCCUUGGUCUCGUCAUUGCCCAGGGCAUGGUGUACUCUGGCUCCGACGUCGCCCUGGUCGACAUGAACAAGGAGGAGGCGGAGAAGCAGACCAAGCUCCUCAUCGACGCCUUUGUCAAGGAGAACCCCAACGCCGAGCGUGUCCCCAAAGUCACCGCGCACUACGCCGAUGUUUCCGAUCCCGAGUCCGUCGAGGCCUGCAUCAACCAGGUCCUCGCCGACCACGGCAAGAUUGACACCCUCGUCACCUCGGCCGGCUUCACCGAGAACUUUGAGGCCGUCAACUACCCCAUUGACCGCAUGCGCAAGCUGUGGGCUGUCAACGUGGACGGCACCUACCUCUUCGCCACCGGCGUCGCCCGCCACCUGAUGGAGCGCAAGGCGCAGGGCAGCAUGGUCAUGAUCGGCAGCAUGUCUGGCUCCAUUGUCAACGUGCCCCAGCCCCAGGCUCCCUACAACGCCGCCAAGGCUGGCGUCCGCCAUCUCGCUGCCUCGCUCGCCGUCGAGUGGGCUUCUGCCGGCAUCCGCGUCAACUGCAUCUCGCCCGGCUACAUGCUCACUGCCCUCACCGCCAAGAUCCUCGACGAGAAGCCCGACCUCAAGAAGAAGUGGACUUCGCUCAUCCCCCAGGGAAAGAUGGGCCAGCCCCAGGACCUCAUGGGACCUGUCGCCUUCCUCCUGUCCGACGCUGCUGGAUACGUUACCGGCGCGGAUAUUCGCGUCGACGGCGGCUACACUGUCACAUAA